UAGUAACCUUUUCUUCAUACAUCCCACUCAUAAUUUGGGAUGCAGAAUCGGUUUUAAAAAAUUCAAAUUAUCAUCCUUUUAGACAAUGAUCAAAAUUUUCAAAAACCUCCGAGGCAAAGGCCGUUGUCUCGUCCGGGAAUUUCAGACGCGACCAAAAAUCUACCAGGAGCCCGGCGUCUUCGUACAUCCGGAGCUUCGUCGCAGCAUUCCCCUUGUUUACUUCCGCAGAGGUGACUUGCCGCAGAAACUGGAUCUUAAAUUGCAUUCCAGCCGAAACUGUGAAAUAUCCCCUUUGGAAAGAAAUAAACGGUGCAAGGAGUACUUCCGCCAGUUUUGCAGAAAACAGCACAGCUGCUUUUCCCGAACUUACCAUUGGUCCGAGUUCCGGCGAAAGAUGAUCUACGGCACUUACUAGCAAGGACAUACCUCCAAAACUGGGAUCUACUGACCUUCCACUUUAAAGUCCAAUUACUUCAGAUUUUCGUGACCGCUUUGUGGCUUAAAAAGUAUUUUGUUCUGAUCCGGUUUUAAAAACCAAAUCAUAACAAAUUACUUUUUAAGCAACAAAGCAUUAAAUACUAUAAAGUGCAUCGUUAAGCUUAAAAAUAAAAAUAAUAU